CAACUCUCUUCCCCCCCGCCGCUCAAUCUAUCCCCGAUUUCCAGUCAAAAUGGACAGGCUAGAAUCUCUUGGGAGUCAGCUCUCCCAGAUCACGAUGUACGACAUCAAGUCUAUGUAUGAACAAGCCAAAAAUGUCGUGUUAAAUGUUAGUGAAAUUGAGUCAAAGGUCAGAGAGGCGACAAAUGAUGAACCAUGGGGUGCAAGUUCCACUUUGAUGCAAGAAAUUGCAAAUCGGACUUUUAAUUACCCGGAGUUCAACGAAAUAAUGCCCAGUAUCUAUUCGAAAUUCAUGGAGAAGGAAGCGAGACAGUGGCGGCAAAUCUACAAAUCUCUCCAACUCUUGGAAUACCUUAUCAAACAUGGUUCGGAACGAGUGGUAGACGAUGCGCGUGCCCACAUUGCAACCAUCAAGAUGCUGCGAAGCUUUCACUAUAUAGACGAUAAAGGAAAAGAUCAAGGAAUCAACAUCCGGAACCGUGCUAAAGAGAUUGUCGAACUACUCUCCGAUGUUGAAAAGAUUCGCAUCGAGCGACGAAAAGCCAAAGCCAACAAAAGCAAAUAUACUGGGCAAGGUAGCGAUGGAAUGAGCUUCUCGAGUGGAGGUGGUCGGUAUGGGGGAUUCGGAAAUGACUCAGGGUAUAGUGGAAGUUACGGUGGAGGCGGUGGCAGUAGCAGCUACGGAAAUGAGCGUUAUGGCUCAGGCGGGGGAAGUAGUUCCUCCUUCAGAGAUGAGGGCGAGAGAAGAGGAUAUGAAGAAUACAAUGCUGGUGAUGAUGAAGACGUACCCUCUAGUUCUGCCAGGCGAUCAAAUAGCCUCAAUACGAACUCACGGGCUUCACCGGGAAGGGGUGCGAAGGCACCUCCGUCGGCGCCUGCGCCGGUGAAAGAGGUAGAUCUCCUCGGCGGAUUUGAGGACGAUACCUUCGGUAGCACCGUUACAGCCCCACCGCCAAAGACGAACACAUCUUUUGCAACUGACAAGGCUUUACCUGCGGUCGGUGCUACCAAAAAACCGAUCGUUAGUAUCGACGAUGAUGAUUUCGCCGAUUUCCAAGCAGCGCCCUCUUCACCAACCGCUCCUGCAUCGGCACCAGCACCAGUCGCCCCAAAGAUGAACCUCAUGGACAUGCUCAAUUCCACACAAUCUACCACCACCGCCAGCACGCCACCUAUGCAGAACCAGCAGGCGUCAUUGUUCAACAUGGGAAGAUCCGGUGCUGGAAUGUCUGGAAUGGGGGGAAACAUGAGUAUGGGCAUGGGUGGCGGUAUGGGCAUGGGCAUGCAUAGGUCAAACACAUCCAUGUCCGGGUCUGCUCAAUUCUCACCGGUCGUGCAACCUACCUCUCCCACUGGUUUCUCUCCUAUGCGGCCCUCGAUGACGCCAGCAUCAUCUACGAAACCCCCUGCGACAUCGAAGCCGGCUUCAGGUGCUAGUGCCAAUUUUGACGAUUUAUGGUCCAUGUCUCUUGGGUCCGGAAAGUCCAGUUCUGGUCCGGUUCCUGAGAAAUCAAUGAAGGACUUGGAGAAGGAAAAGUCGACGGCUGGAUUGUGGGCGGGUGUAGGGACAAGCACGAAGCCUUCCAUGGGAACGACAGGCGGUUUUGGUGCCUUUGGAGGAUCUAGCGCAAGCUCAGGAAACACUGGAGGAGGGGACGACCUUUUGUUGUAAGUUGGAACAGAAGGAUGAUGUUCAUUAUGGAUGUACGUUGGUAGAAUUGUUUCUUCGCGUCAAAUCGUCUCACUUUCGCUUAUCCAUGAAUGAUAUCGUUACAAUCGCCGUUCUCCACCAU